AUGUAUAUAAAGAUGGCCACGUUAGCAAACGGACAGGCUGACAACGCGAGCCUCAGUACCAACGGGCUCGGCAGCAGUCCGGGCAGCGCCGGGCACAUGAACGGAUUAAGCCACAGCCCGGGGAACCCGUCGACCAUUCCCAUGAAGGACCACGAUGCCAUCAAGCUGUUCAUUGGGCAGAUCCCCCGCAACCUGGAUGAGAAGGACCUCAAGCCCCUCUUCGAGGAGUUCGGCAAGAUCUAUGAGCUUACGGUUCUGAAGGACAGGUUCACAGGCAUGCACAAAGGCUGCGCCUUCCUCACCUACUGCGAGCGUGAGUCAGCGCUGAAGGCCCAGAGCGCGCUGCACGAGCAGAAGACCCUGCCCGGGAUGAACCGGCCGAUCCAGGUGAAGCCUGCGGACAGCGAGAGCCGAGGAGGUAGUAGCUGCCUGCGCCAGCCCCCUUCACAAGAUAGAAAACUCUUCGUGGGCAUGCUCAACAAGCAGCAGUCUGAGGACGACGUGCGCCGCCUCUUCGAGGCCUUCGGGAACAUCGAAGAGUGCACCAUCCUGCGCGGGCCCGACGGCAACAGCAAGGGGUGCGCCUUUGUGAAGUACUCUUCCCACGCCGAGGCGCAAGCCGCCAUCAACGCGCUGCAUGGCAGCCAGACCAUGCCGGGAGCCUCGUCCAGUCUGGUGGUCAAGUUCGCCGACACUGACAAGGAGCGCACGAUGCGGCGAAUGCAGCAGAUGGCGGGCCAGAUGGGCAUGUUCAACCCCAUGGCCAUCCCGUUCGGGGCCUACGGCGCCUACGCACAGGCACUGAUGCAGCAGCAAGCGGCACUAAUGGCAUCAGUCGCGCAGGGCGGCUACCUGAACCCCAUGGCUGCUUUCGCCGCCGCCCAGAUGCAGCAGAUGGCGGCCCUCAACAUGAAUGGCUUGGCAGCCGCACCCAUGACCCCAACCUCAGGUGGCAGCACCCCUCCGGGCAUCACUGCACCAGCCGUGCCUAGCAUCCCGUCCCCCAUUGGGGUGAACGGCUUCACUGGCCUCCCCCCACAGGCCAAUGGGCAACCUGCUGCAGAAGCUGUGUUUGCCAAUGGCAUCCACCCCUACCCAGCGCAGAGUCCCACGGCCGCGGACCCCCUGCAGCAGGCCUACGCGGGAGUGCAGCAGUAUGCAGGUCCAGCCGCCUACCCUGCUGCCUAUGGUCAGAUAAGCCAGGCCUUCCCUCAGCCGCCUCCAAUGAUCCCCCAGCAACAGCGAGAAGGGCCCGAGGGCUGUAACCUGUUCAUCUACCAUCUGCCCCAGGAGUUUGGGGAUGCUGAGCUGAUGCAGAUGUUCCUCCCUUUCGGCCGGCACCCUGUGCCCUCCCGCUGCCAGGCCCCCUCCUGUCAGGGAGGACAGUGUCCAAUAAACUCCUCCGCCCGCAGGCUUCGUGAGUUUCGACAACCCGGCCAGCGCGCAGACCGCCAUCCAGGCCAUGAACGGCUUCCAGAUCGGCAUGAAGAGGCUCAAGGUGCAGCUGAAGCGGCCCAAAGACGCCAAUCGCCCGUACUGAGCGCCGGCGGGAGCGUCCCCCGGGGGAGACCAGGACUCGCACAGGGCAGGAUGCUGAACGGGCUACAUUAAAAAACAAACCUCUCUCUCUCUCUAUUUAUAAAUGAGAACUGUUGGAUGACACCUUUGACAUAUCAGCCAAUACCAAGCAAGCUGAGGACUCCAGACACUCUGUGACUGUAACAUUUCUUCAAGGGAAGUAUAGCGUCUAUGGAGUUCAGAGGGCACGUGUUUGGGGAAAAUACAUAUGACAUAAAGAAGAAGAAGAUGAAGAAAAAUUGAGAAAAAAAAACAUACAAAAAAGGCAACUUUUAAAACAAAAUAACUUGAGACCAGAUGGGGAGGCUGAAGGGCUGGGAACUGGACAGAGACGCUGCGCUGCUUACCGAUCCCCGGGGCUUUCCAGCCCGUGGGCGCCUGCGGCAGGCUGGGGCGAGCGGUGUGCGGGGCCUGGUCCCCAGGGGCGGCUGGGAGGCCGCCACGGAGCAUCUCUAUCUGUCAUUCCUUUAGCUAUUUAGGGACCAAAGGACCAAACUUUUUAUUGCAGAUGUGUAGCUCUAUGUCAAACACAGGGGGGACGGAGGAGCACCUCCUUCCUGCCUCCUGGCUGUUCUCGAAACAGCUUAGAGCGAUUCUAUGAAAAAUAUAAGAAAAAAGUUUAAAAAAAAACACAAAAACCACAAAAACACAAAAAAAGGAAAAAUAAUGCUUAAAUGCUUUUAAAACAGCAAGAUAAUAGUUCUUUGAUACUUCGAGAGGCGCUUUGAUUACCCUCAUUCAAGUCUUAGACACUUUCCUAUGGUUUUCUGUAUUAUAUGUCUGGAUGGAGCUGUUAAGAGGAACAAAUUGGUGGAUAUUUGGGGAAAGCAACAAAAAUAUUAAAGCUCCUUAACUGUAAAGUGUGAGAAAACGAGGGGAAAAAAGGGACUCACAAGGCAAGAGAAUUGUUGUGAAAAGUCUGUAAAUGCUUCUAACUCUUCCCCCUCUUACAAACAUAAUAGUUGUACAGAAUUUUAAAAAGGAGAAGUUUAAAAUACCUAUAUAAUAGAAGAAAAAUUAGAGGAAAGCAAAAAAUAAAAAAAAAUAAUAAAAAAGGAAAAAAAAACUUAUAGAAGUUAGCAUUACUGCUAAAAUCCCAGAUGUUGUAGGACUGUACUUUUGUAGAGUUUAGACUGAGCAUCAAUCCCUUCUCCCCGCGAGUGAGUGCUGUCGGAUGACGACACCGUGUUGACCCCGGGGGCCAGGCCGACGGCCCAGACCUGCGGGCUCCUGGCUGCCCACCGCCCGGAGGCCGCGCCAGGGCAGGAAGGCCCCGCCGCCCUCGCCUCGCUUCGCCGGAGCUGUGCGCUCGCUCGCCGCUCUCCGAAAGCCCUGGACCUUCGCUUCACUCGCCUUCCAUGCUUGCUCCAGAGACUUUCCGGGCAAGGGGA